AGUACACUCAGAAGAGAAUAAUUGAAUUUGGACCUAAUUAGGAAAGUUCACAGCUCAGGAAAGAUUGGUGAGGAAGUGGUGACAGGAAGCCGACUUGAAUCAGUGAUGUUUUUAGGAAGCAGGAGCAGAAGCUGAAGCCUUAUUGUGGAUAGUUACUGUUAAGAAGGUGGUCGGAGAAAGACAUCUGCUUUUCUUCCAGGUGAACAGCCCCAAGCUGGCUACCAUGAUAGUUUUCAUUUUCUUCGCUGUGGGGCUAUGCUUGGACAAUGAGUCCACUUCCCAAACCAUUGAUUGCACCUAUUUAAGAGAACUCUGCCUAAGUGAUGCAGAUGGAUGUAAACAUGCCUGGAGAAUAAUGGAAGAUGCCUGCAAUGUGUCAGGCAACCCCUGCCAGAUGAAGGAUUCAUCCAGCUGUAAUUUAAGUAUCCGGUCUUUAGCAGAAAGCAAUUUCCAAUUUAAAAAUUGUCUCUGCUCUGAUGACCUCUACUGUACCAUUAAGAAAUUGCUUGGAAAAAAAUGCAUCAACAAAUCAGAAGAAUCAGCACUGUCCUCAUAUUUGGCUGCACAAUCCAACAUCACACAAUGGCUCCAUCAGAAAGAUAAGUCAUUAAUGAUUGAAAAAAAGAGCUACUGCGUCAUGGCAGCACGUAUCUGCCAGGAAUCUGAACAUUGUGCUCUUUUGUAUGAAAAUUUUAAGAAAACCUGUGGGAGGGAAUCAGAGCAAUGCAAAACCCUUGAUGGAAGCUACCUGUGUGCAGCGUUAAGAGAAAGUCUGAAAGAAACAAUCUUGUGGAAUUGUCAGUGCAAUGACCCUUCAGAAGCAAAAUGCAUUGAAAUUUGGAAAAGCUUGUUUGAGGACAUUUGUAUACAGGAUGCUCAGAUGAAUCCAGUUCCAGCCUUCAGUGAAGACAAUGAAGAUGAAUUCAACCUAGACAUUGUUUCAGAUAACAUGAAAGAGGAUAAUAAAUUCAAGUGGAAUCUAACUACUCUUUCCUAUCAUGGAGUCAGAGGGAUCAAGUCCUGUUUGGAAGUGGCGAAGGAGUGUGUGGCUGAUGUCCUCUGUAACACACAGUUGGCCCUUUACCUGAAAGCUUGCUCAGCAAAUGGAAACCUGUGUGAUGUGAAACACUGCCAAGCAGCCAUCCAGUUCUUCUAUCAAAAUAUGCCUUUUAACACUGCCCAGAUGUUGGCUUUUUGUGACUGUGCUCCCUCUGAUGUACCUUGUCAGCAGUCCAGAGAAGCUCUUCACAGCAAGCCAUGUGCAGUGAACAGAGUUCCAGCCCCAACUUGCCUCGAUAUAAUUCACAGCUGCCAAAAUGAUGAAUUAUGCAGGAGGCGCUAUAGAACAUUCCAGGCAAAGUGCUGGCAGCGUGUGAUAAGAAAGUGCCAUGAGGAUGAGACCUGCAUCAGCACCUUAAGCAAGCAAGACCUCACUUGCUCCGGAAGUAAUGACUGCAAAGCAGCUUACAUUGGUACCCUUGGGACAGUCCUUCAAGUGCAGUGCACAUGUAGGACCACUACCCAAAGUGAAGAAUCCUUGUGCAAGAUUUUCCAGCAUAUGCUUCAUAGAAAAUCAUGUUUCAAUUAUCUGACCCUGCAUAAUGUCAAAGGCAUUGCAUUGCAUAAAGGAAAACAUGCAAAGGAAAUAACUCUCAGCGGAUUUCAUUCCCCCUUCAAUGAAGUCAUCUAUGCUGUCAUGUGCAUGACAGUCAUCUGUGGAAUUCUUCUCUUGGUGAUGGUCAAACUGAGAACCUUCAGAAUAUCAAGUAAAACAAGAGACCCUUCACCAAUCCGAAUACCUGGAGGACUCAUGAUUCAUUGAGAGUCACGAAUCAUUAAAAAUCACUUUCUUUAAAGCAAGUCUUUAUAGCCAGUCAACAGAAUAUCCUAUCCAUUGUCAACAAAGAAAAUGUUAGGAUGGAUUUAAUGAUAUCGGAUCAUUAAGUAUGUUCAUAAACAUGGAGAUCAUCCA